AUGGGCGACGUAGGCCGGGCCUUUAGGCCAAUUGCUCCCCGGACCAUGCCUCCCGGCGGCGGGGUAGGAGGCCAACCACCCCUUGGUAGCAGCGGCGGAGGACCUCCGGAGGAUGGCCGGAUGAAAAGAGCUUCCACUGCUUGUAAAGAGUGCCAGAAACGUCGAACCAGGUGCACCGGUCCACCUAAAUGCUCGGAAUGCGAUACACAUGACCGAGAAUGUACCUUUGACGAACAAGCCGACAGGCGGCGCAAAGCAAAUGCGCGCCGGACACAGGAAGAGCUGGAUAACUUGAGGGAGUUCACUGACCAGCUCCUGAGUGUCCUUCGAUAUUCCAACAAUACAACUACACAACACGUCAUCAAUGUCAUUCGCUCUCGCGCAUCACGGGAAGAAAUUCAAAACGUCCUGUUAUCGAUUGUGGCCCAAAAUCCUGAAUUAGCGCAGCAAGCGUUUGGUCCUCCUCCGCCUCAUCAGCAACAGCCUUCUGCUGCUCAUCCUUCUCACCACGUUGCCAACGACCUCGAUCCGCAUAAUCUCGGCCCUUAUUUUGAUCCGCGAUAA